CUUUGCUACCGAGCGGUUAGCAACGACAGUUACGGGGAAAUAAAGAAGCAUUGAUUGCAUUCUCAUACAUCCGACCGGCAGACAGUAGUAGCACACAUGUCUCAGAUGCAGCCGUCCGGGCCGCCGUACGCCUCCCGCAAUGCAGGCCUCGGUGGUCUGCCCGAGGCCAUCCCCGACAUCCCGAUCAGCGCCGUCUUCCUCGCCCUCUACCUCACCUCGGCCGUCACCAACAUGACCAUAUUGCAAAUCAAUCUACGGAGAGGGCACAAGUUCAUCAUAUCGGGCGCGCUAUUCGGCUUUUCCAUGUCAAGAAUCAUAACAUUUAUCCUGCGCAUCGUCUGGGCUCUGCACCAGCAUAACGUGCGCCUCGCCAUCGCCGCCAACAUCUUCGUCAACGCCGGCGUGCUCGUUGUCUACGUCGUGAACCUGAUCUGUGCCCAGCGCAUCCUGCGCGCUAGACAGCCUGCGCUAGGCUGGCAUCCGGCCAUCAGCAUCGCCCUGAAAGUCUUUUAUGUCGGCAUCGCGGCGUCACUCAUCCUCGUCAUCUACUCCGUCGUGCAAGGCGCUUACACCUUGGACCCUAGUAUCCUCCACAAGACUCGCGAUAUCCAGCUCGCUGCCACCUCUUACCUCCUCGUCUUCACGACCCUGCCCAUAUGGCUACAAGUCGUGGCUCACUUCCUGCUUCCCAAAUCCGCCGACGCCGAGACCUUUGGCCAGGGCAGCGGCAGGGCACAAGUCCUCAUCAAUCUGCUGUCGACAUGCAUUUGCAUCACCAUCGCGGGGUUCAAGACAGGCACGGCCUGGGAACCGCCUAGGCCCUUGUCCAACCCGGCCUGGUAUCAUAGCAAACCCGCCUUCUACGUCUUCAGCUUCGUCCUCGAACUUCUUGUCCUGGCCCUCCUGACGCUAUCGCGCAUCGACAAGCGCUUCCAUAUCCCCAAUGGUAGCAAAGGCCCGGGGGACUACUCCCGUCCUCGCCUCGAAGGAUCGACGACGACGACGAUGGAGAAGGGGGAGUCGGCGAGUGAGCGGAGCGAUGAGCGUGCUUAAAUUGAAAACAUGAAAAAGGUCAAGGAAUGUUAACUUGUCAUUUGGGAGGGCCUUGAGGAAUAGACAAAAAUAGAAGGGGCUGGAGUCAAUUUCGUGAUAUAUCUAUCACAAGCAUUUUUGACUUAUUGUUGUAUGCAUGAGAGAUACCCACCCAUAUAGAAAGGGGGAUAUGUAUAUAGUAUAUAGCUUGGAGAUACCCCUGUCUCCGUAAUCUAAUG